AACGGCGUCAGUAUAAAACGGGGGAGAGGGGGGAGGGAGGUCACAGUACCCUCCAGCCCUCUCAACAUGAAGCUGGUUUUAUUGUUAGCUCUGCCCCUGUUAGCAGCUGGUCACCCCAGGCCAGAUCAAUGCCGGAUCCUGGAUGCUAUUCCGUUCUUCCGAACCCCAGCUCGGAGCUCCAACCAGGCCAGAGAGAUCGAGAUCCUCACAGAGUUCGCCAGGUUCUCCCAGUCCCAGGUCCCCGUCAUGCUCAGGCAGUUCUCCAGCUACAAGAGGAUGCUGAACCAGGAGGUUGAGGCCGUCCUCAGGAGUAUUCAACCCAGAGAGAGCAGAGCUAGACUCUUCAGAGAAUCUUUGGCUGAUGAAGAAUUUUACGAUGAUGCUGAUGCUCGAGCACUAACAACCACCAUUGCUGCAGAAACAACUACUGAAGCUGAGACUGAAGCUCCCACUGAGGCGCCCACUGAGGCUCCCACUGACGCACCAACUGAGCCUACAACUGAAGCAGCUACUGAAGCCGCAACUGAAGCUGCUACUGAAGCUACUACUGACGAAACCACUGCAGCUGCUACCAAUGCUCCGGGAGAUACAACCACUGAAGCAUCAAAGGAUGAUAUUGAGAAAUCAAUUGAAGAAGCCAUUGAUUCUAUUGUCAAGGCAAUCAAGGACACGUUUGAGGGAUUCAAGGAUAAACCCCUCUCCAUCCAGAACUUGUCUUCCAUUGGCUCCGGGGUCCUGAAGGGCAUUAGGAACCUUCUCUCUAGCUUCGGAAUUGAUCUUCCUUCUGAACUCCCCGACCUCCCAGAAAUCAGUCCACCUCCGAUUGGAGACUGGAGUCUGGCUGACUGGCCUCUUGUUUGCCAGGCUAUCUGGUGGCCCAAGGAUGAAGAGCAUUGCAAGCAGGUUCGUUGCGCCGCCUGCUCUACUCCUAUUCUCGCUGCUGCCCGUGUUUGCCAGAAGACAGAAGGACAUGCUGACUUUGUUUGCAUGAGAGAUGUUCUUGGAGAGGGUGCCUGCAACUACUGUAUUGGUGACUAUAUCCAGUAGAUCUAAAAGCUGAAUCAGAAUGAAUGAUUGAAUGAUGAUUGAUUGGACAAGUAUAAAUGUGAUAUACAUACAAUUUUGGAAACUAAAUGUAAGAACGAUAUGCCAGUAAAUUAUAAUGUUUGAAUUCUUCGAUUUAACAUAUUAUGUAAAUUUAAAUUUUUCUAUGGUAUUUUGACAACAGAUAUGUAAUUAAAUAAUAAAAAUUAAAGAUUUGAAGAUUAUUUUUU